GCGUUCAAACGUCAACUGUCUGCUAUUGUGUUACUUUUCAAUAAAACUAUCUGGUUGAAGCAUAAUAAAUAAACAGUGAAUUUUCGCCGACACCAUGGAACGAUAUUUUAUAAUUGUGAUUGAUGAUGUUAACAAUAAAAACGAGAUAGUGAAAUGGAAACAUGAUUUUCAAGUUGUGAAGGAUUAUCAGAGUUCUAUGGUGAAAUCAUCUCGAGCACCAAAUGCCGGCCAGUUAGUCCAGAACCAAUCUUCGAUUCAGUGGGCUGUUUGCUUGACGAAUUCUCACAAAAUAAUUAAAGGCUUAGGAGUUGAAGUGUUCCAAGAAUUUCUUUCCAGCAGUUUCAUUGCAGACAUACCAUCUGACCCAUGGGAUGAGAAGGCUUUCAAUAAUUUAAAGAACUACGCCAUUGACAUAAUAAUACAAAAGGAAGAUUGUCCUGAAUUUUGGAAAUCAUUUAGUCUGUGCAACAACGUAAAGAUAUUUCAUAAACAAGAGUUUGCCAUAUUGUGCAUAGGUAUAAACCAUCAACUGUUUUGGCGUGGAUCUUUGAAAAUGAGAGAUCCUCAAAAUCCUAACCAUUUCAGACAUCUUGAACAUGCUGAACUCAGUUAUGGCUUUGACUCUCUGGAUCUGCUCAUAAGUCAAAUAAGGGGUGAAUGUUUCCCGUUUAUUGCGGCACCGAGGAAAACAUUUUGUUCAUUUUUGGAACUGGUCGGCUCAUUUGAUGCCGACAGUGUACCGUUCAUUUUCUAUACCUCAACGUCUUUGGUACUAUCAAUAGAAGAAGCAGAUUCGUUCUGGAAAGCAAUGGAUGAAAACGUUUCAUUUCUGUUUCGCCUUGACUACACAACUGAGGAAGUGGAACAUCGGGGAAAGGAAACGACGUCGCAAUCCCUUUAUUUCUUGAGUCACUGGACCGACAGUGAAUUGAGGCUUUAUCUACUGAAAGGAGCCGAUCAACUGCAAAAUAUGGCAAAUGUUUACGUCGGACAUUGUUCAACGAUCGCUUUCUCAGUGCCUAAGGUUUCCGCAACUGAGCACACCAUAGUUCCGGCUGCGUCAGACUACUUACGAGUGGAUCGAUUAGAAAAAGAAAUCCGGCGGUUGCAGUUGCAUGCGCUUCAAACGUGGAUUAAAGAGAAUGGUUCCAUUGACCUGCCUACAGUGAACGAACUGUUGGACGAAGUCGCGUUAGCCGUGGCAAAACAACACCAUCGAUUCACAGCCAAAUUCGAGCCACAGAAAAACGAGUGGCCGGAAUUCUCAGAAGCCGAAGUUCUCAAAUGGAAGUUGGAAAAGAAGAUGGUUACCGAAAUUGACCGGCCUGCUACUAUGAACAAUCGCUUAUUACAACCUGGCUCCAAUGGCCGUACCGUCUCAGUCGAUGUCAACAGUUUGCUACGUUGUUUCAACAAAAAACAGCAACCCAAUCGCUCUCCCAAAAAGACUCGUCCUGAAAGCAUCGUCUCGACACGAUUGAAACCGACGUGUGAUGUGGAAACAGCCCGGAAGACGGAAUGGCCCUUGAGCGUCAAUUUAAAAUAUCACGGGAUCAAUUAUAAUCGCAGCGUGGAAGAUGAGAAAGCUGAGAAACAGCGAUCUGAAUACCAGGACAAGUGGGUACCUCCCGAGACAGCGUCAGCAACGUGGUGUAACCCGUGGUCGAUCAACAGUUCGACUUCCUAUCAGCUGUCAGCCAAAAACCGUCCGCCGGCUUUAGCUUCGAGCUCUGGUGUGGUUGCAGCCCGAACGCCGAAGAAGAAUCAACAACCGCAUGACCUCGCGCAGCUCCGCAAGUCUCCCCGUCUGUUGGCCAAAAGCGGCGGACUAACUCGAACGAGUAAUCGAACGACGCCUUCCAAGAAAAACAACAACGAACGAGCUGCCGCGUUCCCAAAGGACACAUUCAAGCAGCAGCUGAAAGCCGUCAUCAUUAAAGUUUUGGGCGAUCAGCAGAUCACCACGAAAGAUCCGCUCUUCCGCACCUGCGCCAACAAGCUCUCAGUAAUUUGCAUGGCGUUGCUCAACGAUUCCAAAAGCGAGGUGACGCCUCGUCAGAUGUAUCAAGUCGCCAAGUCGCAAGCCAAACAAGUCCUUCAAUUCGUCAAGCCUUAAUGUUUUUAUUUUUUGAUGUUAAUAUUAUUAUUUGUCUGAGAACUGCACCAGUUGAAAUGUUUACGGUCUACCACACUCUCACAUAUAUACAUGUUUGUGUGUGUGGGUAUUGUAUAUACACGUUUGCGAGUGGGAAAGCGAACGAUGAUGCAACUCUUUGGUUGGUUGGGUUGUGUAUAUUAUUUUUCACAUGAGGCGGCCGCACAAAAUACAUCGUCAACCCUC